AUGGAUACCCAGAAGGAUGUGCAACCCCCAAAGCGGCGGCUGAUGAUACGUAUCUGUGGAGAAUGUCCCACAGAAAAUGAAAUAAAAUCCAGGGAUCCAAUCCGAUGCAGAGAAUGCAAAUACAGAAUAAUACACAAGGAAAGGACUAAAAGACUGGUAGUUUCUGACGCUCGAUGA